AUGACGGAUGAAGAGAAGAAAUCCAUAGAUCAAUAUGGUAGACGAACGUGGAAUGUGGAACUUUAUGAGAAAGAAGCCAAAACCUCGAAGAAGCCGCAAAAAACCACGACUGGGUCAAUAAUCCCAACUUCCGUCAUUAAUGAUGAUAAAUCAUCAUCAGAUUAUAUCAAGCAUAGAAAUACAUUAUUGAAUGAUCUGUUGAAUGCCGUUAAAGUUCAUAAUCUUAUUGAUCCUUCUAUCUCAUCUUCGACAUCUAUGGCAGGGAAGAAUAAACGAUUUGGAUUCUUUUGCCCUAUUUGUAAUUUAUCAUACCGAGACAAUUUAGCUUUGAUAGAUCAUUUCAAUUCAUUACAACAUGUUAGGAAUGCCAAUGAAUUAAGUAAAGCGAGAAAGAAGGCAAAUAAGAGUGGUAAGGAAGGUGUAGAUGGAGAGGAUGAUGAAGAAGAAGAAGAAGAACCUGAAGAAUUGGAAGGAGGAAUACGACGUGCUACGACGAAAGAAGUCAUUGCUACCAUAGAAGCAUUAGUUCAGAAACUGAUACGAUUGAAAGGGCAAGAUAAUAAGUCUAAUCAACUUUCAUUUUUACAAAGGGUAGAAAAGAGAAAGCAAUUUGACCAAAAAAGAAGGGAAAAAAGACGUGAACAAAGACUUCGAAGUAAGUCACUGAAGAAUAAUGAUACAUUGAUUGAUCAGGAUCACCAUUCCAUGGAAAUAGAGUCAUUAAUGGGUAUAAAUAGUUUUGGUAGUAGUAAGAAAUAG